GUCCUUGGGUUUUUGCUUUGCAAUCAUUAUCGACCCAUCCCCGACUCUUGAAGGCAACCGCUUCAUCGGCCAGGACGGUUCAGGCUAAUAUCCCAUAGGUUUUUCCUUGACUGAGGUGGUUGCUGACCCAGGAAGGCGAUGUCGGAAUCUGAUUUGCCUGUUGUCGAUGCGGCUGCUCGUGCGAUCGAGCAUGGAUUGAAAUUGAAGGUUAUCCUGGUUGGUGUUGGAGGUGCUACUUCGUCUGGAAAGACAAACUUGGCGAAGCAUUUGAGGAGUAUACUUCCUGGUAGCGUUAUUAUCCAUCAGGAUGACUUUGCACCUCCACUAGAACAAAUACCGAUUCAUCCGAUUUACAAUGUUCAAGAUUGGGACAGCGCAGAGGGUGCGAUCGACUGGCCUCGUAUGGUCGAUUCCUUACGCGAGGUUAAGCGGACUGGAAAGAUUCCGCCGGAACAUUAUUCGCAUGAUCAUUUGAACGCUCAAAAGGACGUUCCUGUUGACCAGGAGCCCCUCAAGAGAUGGCAAGAGACGUUUCAGAAGGCGGAAGAAGAACACAGGCAGAGGGGGGAACAGCUUAUUUGGGUUUUGGUGGAUGGAUUCUUAUUGUAUUGGCACCCGGAAGUGGUUGAUACCCUGGAUGUACGGAUAUUUUUGAGAGUACCUGAAGAGGUACUCAAACAGAGAAGACAUGAACGGCAUGGAUACCAUACAGCAGUGCAAUCCGACUAUCUAGAAGGAUCCCUAUGGCGAGAUCCACCGCAUUAUUGGGAACAUAUUGUUUGGCCGGCAUAUGUUGCUGCGCACAAAGAUAUGCUAGAGGGCGGAGACGUAGAGCAUGGCAAGUCGAACGGGAAGGUCAAGGGGUUGUUGAUCUUCGAGGGUUUAGAGACAAGUAUGAGUGAGACGGUCGAGGCCGUGUGUCUCAAGCUGCUAGAGGUCGUAUAGCGCAGUACUAGGAGAUAUUUGAGACUCAGAACGGUCAAGUGUCCCUAGACGGGUAUGGCUAUGUAGAAGUCCGAAUAUGUAUUUGUAGUAGAGUGGUGAUGCUGCCGGGAUUUACAAACAUGGAGAUUCCGGUUGGCUAAAUUCCGUCCCUGUUGAUAUUUUGGAUAUUCUGCGACAUAUCCUCUGA